GCCAACUGGGGUUGUAGCGUCAGGUGCUGUGGACUUCGUUUUUUUGGUAGAUCCUGCGGUGCCGUCCCUGGCAGUUUUUGGCAUUGAGCCCGUGACACGCCAUGGUCAUCGAAGGCGCCAAGGAAAACAUGGAGUGCACUUCCCCGGAUCAACCUCCAACCCCGUCUCGGCACGGGAAGUCUUUGGCCGUGCACGUGGCGGUCCGCUGCCGCCCACCCCGCGCCACCUCCUUGACGGCGCAGAUCUGCGCGGAAGCGGCGGGGGACAAAACGGCGCUGAAGAUCGGUCCACCCGAGGGCUCCGGCCGCAGCUUUCGGUGCAACACCUACCUGAGCCCCGCGGCUUCGCUGGCUGAGCUGGGCGAAUUGGCCGCGCCCCUGGUGCAGCACACCAUGGAGGGAGGGUUUGGUAGCAUUCUUUGCCACGGCAUCACGGGCAGCGGCAAGACCUACUGCAUGUCCGGCACGGAGGAUACUGCAAGUCCCUCCCUGGGUUUGGUGCACGGGGUCGGCCAGCGGAUCUUUGAGCACAUCCGCGAUCAAGCUGCUGCUGGUAAGGUAUAUCUGGUGGAAGCUUCCUACGCCCAGAUCUAUUCCCAGGAUGGCACUUCCGAGAAGAUCAUGGACUUAUUGGCGGAUGCUGAUGAUCUGGAGGUGCAGCCAGACCCCCAGAACCCCCAGUCCUUCAUGUGCGCGGGCCUGCAGCGGGUUCCUAUCAGAUCCUUGGAUGACAUGCAGCAGCUGGUCACCCAGGGCCAGCGUCGGCUGGCGGCUUCCGGCGUGGAAGCCGGCAGGUCUCACUGCGUCCUCACCUUAACAGUGGAGAGCCUCCUCGAGUCGGCGCAGCAAACGGAGCUGGCCAAGGGCAAGCUGAUGCUGGCGGACCUCGCGGGCUCGGAGGCGCCGGCUGCGGAGUCCUCCGAAGUGGCACGGAGGCAGGCGCUGAGCAUCAACCGCACGCUGGCAUCUUUGAGCUUGGCAGUGAACAGCGCUGAAGCGCUGGUGAAAGGGUCCAGCCUCACGCAGCUUCUGCGGGACUGCCUGGGGGGCAGUGCCCGGACUUUGCUCAUCGCCACCAUCGGCCCAGAAAUGGAAGACUUGGAAGAGACGGUCAAGACCCUGACCUAUGCGCAGCAGAUGCUGACGAGCCUCACUGUGCGAGCUUCGGGCGCCGGCAUGAACCGCAUCGACCAAGACCAGAGCUCCCUGGUGCAGAUGAAGGACCGGCACAACGAGUGCAUCCGCAUGCUCAGGGAGAAGGUGAGCGACUCCAGAGAAGAAGAGCAGGAGGAGCGCAGGAGGCUUCAGCAGGAGAUGUCCGAGAUCAACCAGCGCCUUCUGACCAAGGAUUCUGCCGAGAAGACCCUGGAGGAGUUGAAGCAGCAGCAGUUCAGCAAGAUGAAUGAGAUGAGAACUGAGAUUUCGCAAGCCAUGAGCGAGCAGAUGGACCAGCUCAGAAAGCAGUCACAGCUGGAGCUGGAUCAACUGAGAGCCUCCGUGGAGAAGUCUCAGAAGGAACAGGAAACAGCGAAAAGAGAGGCAGAGGCGCAUGAGGCGGCGGUCGCGAAGCUGCAGGUGAUGCUUCAAGAGGCGCAGCAAGGGAAGGCCGCUGCUGAGCAAGAGGCGGCGGCGCUGAAAGUGAGCCUCGCCACAGCGGAAGAGCGUGCCAAAGGCCUGCAAGUCCGGCAGGAGGAGCUGAGAAAGGAGCGGGCGGAUUUUGAUGAGGAGCGCAAGUUGCUGAGGCAGCAGGGGGAGCAGCAGUGGCAGCGCCUCGCGGCGCUGGAGGCGGAGCUCUCCAAGUUCCGCUCCGAGGCGGAGGCCCAGAGAAAAGAGAUCGAGCGCCUGAAUGUAGCCCAGGGAGAGGAGGGUAACAUCCUCCGCUCAGAGCGUGAAGCCUGGAGGGCUCGAGAGCGGGAAUUGCAGGCAGAGGUGUCAGACUUUCAGAAGAAGUCUGAGAUCCAGGCCCUAAAGGUGUCGAGGGACCACAACGAGGCAAUGUCCAAGUUGAAGACUCAAGUGGAGCGGCUGGAGGUCGAGGCCUCCGCGCGGGCGGAGCAGCUGUUGGAGGCCCAGAAGAACGUGGCCAGCCUCGAGGCAGAGCGAGUCUUGGCACUGCACCGCGAGGAUGCCAUCAGGCAGUCGUCCGCAGCGGAGAUCAGGAAGUGGCAGGAGGAGCUGGAGGUUUCGAGACAAGGCGAGCAAGAGCUCAUGCAGAUGCUGUCAGCAGUUCAGGACGGCAUCAUUGCCUCUGCCAACCGAUAGCUCGUUGAGCGAAUCCUGGAGUUACAGGUGAGCGCGGCCUUGCCGAAGACCUUCAAAGCGGCUACGGGGAACCGCGGAGCCAAGGAGUUCGAGCAGGAGCAACAACCUGAAUUGCAGGGACAAACUGGGGUGAUUUUACGCGACAACACGAUGUGCUGCAUGCGCUGGCAGCUGCCUGCCAGCGGUGGCUGUCGGCCGAAGGUCGCGCCUGCCGAAACAGCUCUCGACAGAGGAAGCCCGGAACCUGCCUUCACG